GGAGGCGGCGCCGGGCAGGGGCCGGGGACGCUGCGGCCCCACGGCUGGGGCGGCGGGGCGGCGGGGGCGGAGGUAGCGGCCCUCCUGGCGCCGCCUCCCUCGGCGCGCUCGCCCAGCGGACCGGCAGGCGGAGGACCGCGGCCCCAGGCUGAAGUUAAAGGCCCUCCCUUCUCGGUGAAGUGACACUUUGUGGCAAGACAAGCUCGGAACCAAGGCGUUGUCACCACAGAUUGGAGCUCAGUGGUGUGACCAGGUCCUUCUAGGCAACAUGGUAGACGCAGAAAGCUUGAUUUGUCCCCUCUCCCCCCUCGAGGCUGAUGACCUGGACAGCCCAUUAUCUGCGGAAUUCCUACAAGAAAUGGGAAACAUCCAGGAGAUUUCCCAGUCCAUCGGCGAGGACAGUUCUGGAAGCUUUACGUUCACAGACUACCAGUAUUUGGGAAGUGGGCCCGGCUCAGAUGGCUCUGUUAUCACCGACACCCUCUCUCCAGCUUCCAGUCCCUCCCCGGUCACCUGCCCUGCGGUUCCCGGCAGCACGGAUGAAUCCCCUGGUGGAACUCUAAACAUCGAGUGUCGGAUCUGUGGGGACAAGGCCUCAGGCUACCAUUACGGAGUCCACGCGUGUGAGGGCUGCAAGGGCUUUUUCCGGAGAACCAUUCGGCUCAAGCUGGUGUAUGACAAGUGUGACCGCGGUUGCAAGAUCCAGAAAAAGAACCGGAACAAGUGCCAACACUGCCGCUUCCACAAGUGCCUUUCUGUCGGCAUGUCACACAACGCAAUUCGUUUUGGGCGAAUGCCAAGGUCUGAGAAGGCAAAGCUGAAAGCAGAAAUUCUUACCUGUGAACACGACAUAGCGGACUCUGAAAGUGCCGAUCUCAAGUCUCUCGCCAAGAGGAUUUACGAAGCCUACUUGAAGAACUUCAACAUGAACAAGGUCAAGGCCCGGGUCAUCCUCGCGGGGAAGACCAGCAAUAAUCCACCUUUUGUCAUACAUGAUAUGGAGACGCUGUGUAUGGCCGAGAAGACGCUUGUGGCCAAGAUGGUGGCCAAUGGCAUCCAAAACAAGGAGGCAGAGGUCCGCAUCUUCCACUGCUGCCAGUGCAUGUCUGUGGAGACAGUCACGGAGCUUACGGAAUUCGCCAAGGCUAUCCCAGGCUUUGCAGACCUGGACUUGAAUGAUCAAGUCACUCUGCUAAAAUAUGGCGUUUAUGAGGCCAUAUUUACAAUGCUGUCUUCUCUGAUGAACAAAGACGGGAUGCUGAUAGCAUAUGGUAAUGGUUUUAUAACUCGUGAAUUCCUAAAAAACCUAAGAAAACCGUUCUGUGAUAUCUUGGAACCUAAGUUUGAUUUCGCCAUGAAGUUCAAUGCGCUGGAAUUGGAUGACAGCGAUAUUUCUCUUUUUGUGGCUGAUAUUUGCUGUGGAGAUCGCCCAGGCCUUCUAAACAUAGGAUACAUUGAGAAAAUGCAGGAGGGUAUCGUGCACGUGCUCAAACUUCACUUGCAGAGCAACCAUCCGGAUGACACCUUUCUCUUCCCAAAACUCCUUCAGAAAAUGGUGGACCUCCGGCAGCUGGUCACGGAGCACGCACAGCUGGUGCAGGUCAUCAAAAAGACCGAGUCGGACGCGGCGCUCCACCCACUGCUGCAGGAGAUCUACAGAGAUAUGUACUGAUGUCUUCCAGACGCUCCACCACCUCCACUCUCUGAGACAAGGAGAAAUGGGAGCAGCGCGGAUUUGCACAAUGUCCACCCUCUUAGCCUCAGAGACGGAGCUCUUGUCCACAUCUUUCCUUUUUCAACUAGCACUUCUAAGAGCGUGCCUGUUACUUAAAGGCUGGUGAUGGGAGGCCAGUCGUCAGGACAUGGAAAAUUCAGUCCCUGGUCUGAUUUUAACUGGCUCUGUGUUAAUCAGUGCACCUUUCUUUGUAUCACAUUAGUAAUUUGCCACUUAAUUAAUGGGUGACCUCAAAGUACGUGCUCUGUUCCCUCCUUACCUUCCUUCUGGCUAUGGUGCUCUCAUAUAAUGUGGAAAACUAAUCAGCACUUUUUUUUUUAACAACCUUUAUAAUCCUAUAAACCUUGAUGUAUCCAAAGUUAGAUAUUUAAAACACAGCAAAAUAUUUAUUUGGAAGACUUCUGUUUCCCAAAUCUGUAGAAAGACAAUGUGCUACUUUUUAAUCACAGGAUUGAGAAUUUUCGAGAACAAUUUGCUAAGCUAUCAAGAUGCAGCCCCAUUGUUUCCUUCUCCAGUUCACUGUCUCCAUGGUUGUAAGGAAGUAUGUGGGAAUGCCCAUUUCCAGGUUUGUGAGAAGAUCUCAGCUAGCUGUAUCCCAAGACCCCUCUGGAUGAUUUAAGUUAGUGUCUGGUAAGCAGGGUCAGCAUAGAAAGAGCAGGUGUUCUCCUCCCCCACCCCUGUUCCUAGCAAACCUAGGAACAGAGCUGCUGGUGGGCAUGACAGUGCUCUUAGGGACAAACUGACAAGUGGUUUGUUAAUGUUCCUCCAGGCUCUAAUUGGCAGCUCCUUUGUCUUUUUCUGAAUUGCCUUUUAAAAUAGAUUUAAAAAAAAAAAAAAAACUCAAUGGUGAUAGAUACUACUUGGAGUGGAGGUGUGGCAAAUGUGACUUUGUCACCUGGGCUGGGAGGGGCCGACCACCCUGGAGAACAAGAGUGGGGGUGAAGUGUCCUUCAACUGGCAGUUGUACCCAGUCCCAGAUUUCACUGCAGUUGGUUAUUUUUGGUUUUUUACAAAGAUUUAGUCACUUCCCCAUUUCCCACUAUAUAUAAGGUAGUUUUUCAACAUCUAAAUACUAGUUUUAGCCUCAAAGAUCAACUUGUGAACCCCAGUUCAAUAGGAAAAGCAACGUGGACUGCGGUUAUUUGACUAGAACCUUUGAACCUGGAGAUACUCUCUGUUCACCUGCCUGAUAAAUUGGUGCACAGAAAAUUUUCGGCCGCCCCUCCAGCUGGAUGGAGCCUGCCAGCACCCUUGCCCACAUUGCGGGUGGAGGGCCGCUAGUUACAUCCUUCAUGCCCCUCUCCCACCUUUAGAAAGUUUGGUUCUUCUGCGGUCAUUCUUUAUUGUUAAAGGAUGAUUAGGAUUGAUACUGAUAAAGGUCCCAAGGUCAUCACUGGGAAAAUAGUCAGUAGAAGGAGCAAGAGCACUGUGAGACUUCACAGUGACAAAAGUGAAAAUUAGGAUUAGUACAUCCUUUUUACAAAUUGCACUUUGUGGUUUCCUUCCUUCUUCCCUUCUCUUUCUUUUUCUAAGAGCCAAUCAAAGGCUCUGUUGAGCAGUAGCAGCGGUCUACCCCCGUGUCUUAGGAACUAGAAGCAGAGAAAACUGUUUCAUAUAUGAAUCCAGCAAAAGCCAUCCUCAUUCAGGAAGAAAGUAGCUUUUGUGUCACAUGGCACAUCCAUUUCCAUGUCCCUUCCUGCAAUGAGGGCUCCUGACACUGAGGAAAUGCCAGGGCUGGCUGGUCCAGAGCUUGGGGAUCAGAGGUGGAUUCCAACACCAUGUUUCUGUUGCCUCCCUGACCACACAGCCCCUGCUCUGACGUACCCUUGACAAUACCACGCCAGCGUCUGCCUUGGAAAGCGAGACUCUAGACAGACCUGGGCUUUUGGGGGAGUUGUGCAUCUGCUUAAAUUUUCAUAAAACUUACAACAAGUAGCACCUUAUUUUAUGCUUUCCACAGUAACUGCCAAGCUGACUGUCAAAUUCUUCAUAGCCCAUCUGAGUGCUCAGCAAGGUUAGUGAGCUGCACUUGGUUCUCUGAGGACCUGGUGAGAUAUCCCCAGUAAUGUCCCCAGGGAAACCAGGAAGGAGGCCACAUGACCUCAUUUUCAGAGUCAUUUGAUGUUGCUCACUUCCAUUAAUGGGAAGGAAAAUCACAUGUCCCAAUUAUCUAAGCAUUGAGUCACUCAUGACCACUAAAUGUUAGAAUAUUUUGGGUCACCUAAUCAAAGAUUUCUCAGGGUAUUGAUAAUCCAGUAUAGGCUAAUUAUGCACCAGUGCCAAAUACUGUAGCAUUUCAAAUAGGAACUGUUGAAAGAGGGUAUUUACUAUUUGCUAGGUGUCCAGAGACAUCAGCAGAAAGCACCAUGGACACCAUACCAGAGUCACAGGGCUCUAGACCACAAGCGUGGACGCACCUCCCCAGCAGUUAGGGUGAAGACUCUCCAACUGACCAGGUCUCCACUUUCUCAACUAUCAACAGCAAAAGCGCCAGGCUCCUCAGAGACCUCAAAAUGAUCAAGCAGCCUUGGUCUCACGUGCUGACCAGAAUGGACAACCUUGGCACAGCCAAGACGUGCAAAGCUCAGGAUCAGAUGUGGUCCUCUCCACCGUCCACCAUGGGUCUGGCAGCGUAUCCCUCCUCCCUCGCCUCCUGGAGUUUCCAGCCAAGUGAACCACACGUGGAGUUCUGUACCCACCACACUUUGGGCCUCCUGUGCCAACCAGAACAGACCACCAAGCAGUCUUCACUAAGCAGCUAACAGCCUCUAGCACUUUAGUGGCCCCACGACUGUCAGAUGCAUUGCUUGCAAAAAGAAAUGAGAAAAUGGAUUUUUAUGUCAUAGAUAGCAAAUUGACCUGGGUUGGUUUUUUUUUUUGCUAGUUUGGGUCAAAUGUGAAAAACCUCCAGGUUUCUCUCUAGAGAAAGAACUACAGUGGCCUCCUCCUCUCUUGCCUUUCUUUCCCUGCCCACAUCAAAUUCAGUGAACUGAUCCAGCAUCACAUGGGGUACAAGCCAGCCCAGGAACCACGUGCCCUGCCUCCUAGGAGUGGUGAGGCCAGGGUAGGGGCAUGUGGUCUGAGUUCCUUGGCCUGCAGGGGACACUCUAUGUCCUAAGGUACUCUAAGUACCUUCCCAGGGCUUUCAGGCUUCAACUCUGCCUUAAGUCUGACAAGGCCAGACUGAAGGUCUGUGAGUGCUGGCCUCUUCCUGGUAAAGUUGUCACUUUUGGAAAAUCCGCUCUUUUAAAGGCACAGCCAGUUGCUUUUCUAGGCCUAAAACAAAAUGUACCUCACGAUGGACAAAUGCCGCUUAGCACCCGUUCUGGUGAGUCAACAGCAUUAUUCAUGUCCAGUGCCACUAUUUCCUACACUGAGUAGGAAAAGGAUUGUGUCAAUAGCUGCGCCUUAAAUACUGUGAUGAGUCUUUUUAAAUAUCCUAAUGCGGAUAGUUGACUAACUUCCGAUCACGCAUCUAAUAACGAGCAUCUGGAAUCUUUGAAGUCAGUGUUAAUGGCUGCGUACGUUAAAAGCCUGGCUCGUGAACGUGCAAGAAACAACUGACAGGCAACUGCUCACGUGUAUGUCCUGCCCCAAGCUGGCCAUUUCUCCUGAGCCAGGCAAUUUAUACCACUGUGCAAAUCCACCCCCUUUGCCAUACUUCAUAUGUAAGUCUGUCUGUCCUCUCUUCUGCCACCCAGGCUUUCUUAGACCCGUUAGGGGUCACCGACUUCAUACCACAGUGUUUUGAUCAAGACCAUCACCUAUUCCUGUUUAGCUAACAGCUAUCUGCUCUUCAGGGAAUAAUUACUGAUAGAUUAUUACCAAAGAACUUUAGGAACCUGAACUAUUCUGAUGGAAAUUAUUUGCACCUACUGGCUCUCUGGUAGCUUCUGGAUGGCCCAACCCAAAGCACACAGCAGAGGCCACAGACCCCCGAGUCUCCCAUUUGUCAUUUCCAGUAUCAUAGCCAAAUUUCUUCUUGGUGUCAUUGUAACACCCUCUGGGAUCCACAGUGCCAUUAUGCUGAGCCCCUAGCGGGGAGGGUUUCACAGGCACAUGAGGACGAGCAAGGACUGGCUUGAUUUCUUGCCACCUGCUCACCGCUGUUCUAGGUGCCUUAUUCUCUCCAAGCACUUGGGGACUUUCUGUCCUUUGCCUUCUAUGUAAACAGAGCAGUUCCAAGUAGGAAUUGUGGAGCUGGCUCCGGUGUCCUUUCCGACCUCACAGUUCUAUCCAGGUAUGGGGGCACCCAAGACCUCAGGAAUCCAGGAUGUGCAGAGAGGGCAAAGGUAAUUUUUCUAGUCACAUUAACUGAUUGGUUCCAGACAAUUAGAAAAUGGCUAUAACAUAACCUUAAUUUUUUAAAUCUUGGGUCUUCAUUUUCCUAUUAGGAGAUUGAACUGACAGUAUGUAUUGAUUUAUAUCCUGAAUUUUAUGGGAACUUACAUGUUUGGAAUGUCCUACUGUAAGACUGAUGAAUGUAAAGACUUAAUUUCAGGGUAUAGUUUUGCCUUAAUGGUUUUAAAAAAUAAACUGUUUUAAAAACUUA